AUGUCUCCUUCUCUGCUGCAGAUAUCCGCCGGCUCUUUCGUGCUCCUCUCCGUAGGACACACGAUCAUGGGCAGGGAGUGGACAUCCGACCCCAGAUUCAAGGCUAUCGCAGGCUCGAAGCCUUGGGCUAGUGGGACAGUGGGCUGGUACCAGGGGAGUGGGUUCUUGCUUAUCGCCGGUCUUCUCCACUGGCAAUGGGCGCGCGACCCCAGCUUGCUCCAUGAGCCAUUGACCAAAGCCAUUGCUGGUAUCAUGAAUGUCCUCCUGUGGGCUAGCUCUUUCUGGUAUGCUAAACACGGCAUCAAAGAUACUGCCUCCGUUGUUGGAUUGUGUGCUGCGCUACAGGCUUGGGCUGUUGCCAAGGCUUAA